CUUUCCCUCUCCUGCUGCGCGAGGAGCCGGCCGCCACCAUGAAUGACACUGUAACCAUCAGAACCAGGAAGUUCAUGACAAACAGACUUCUUCAGCGUAAACAGAUGGUUAUAGAUGUCCUUCAUCCUGGAAAGGCCACAGUGCCCAAGACUGAAAUUCGAGAAAAACUGGCCAAGACGUACAAGACAACUCCAGAUGUCAUUUUUGUCUUUGGAUUCAGAACCCAUUUUGGUAGUGGCAAAACAACAGGCUUUGGCAUGAUUUAUGAUUCCCUUGACUAUGCAAAGAAAAAUGAACCAAAGCACAGACUUGCAAAAAAGACAUCAAGAAAACAGCGAAAGGAACGCAAGAGCAGAAUGAAGAAAGUCAGGGGUACUGCAAAAACAAAUGUCGGUGCUGGCAAAAAGAAGGAUUAAAGGCACUAUGGAAGA